AGCCCGCUCCCGGGAGAGUGAAGAAAUCCAACACCAUUGGCUGCUUCGGUACUGGCGGCAGGGCUGUAAAGAACAAAGGUUUGACUUUCAGUUUCGUUUCUUUUCCGCCCUGAGACUUCCCAAGAGAAGAGCUUGCACGAUUAAGAAGAAUGGCUGGUGUCAAAUCUAGAUUAACACAAGAUGAAGUAAAGCAACUGCAACAUCUGUUGGGGAGCAGACAAUUCUCUCUUCUCUAUAAAGCAAGCGUCCAUGGUUACAAUGCUUCUAUAUUUCAUGCCAAGUGUGAUGGACAAGGGCCAACUGUAGCAGUAGCAUAUAAUGGAAGUGGUUAUGUUUUUGGAGGAUUUACAAGUCAGUGCUAUGUUUCAUCUGGAGGGUACAUAAAGGAUGAGAAGGCUUUUCUCUUUAGAUUGAAAGGCAGAGAGGGUGUGCUUAGCCCACUAAAAAUUCCUGUUACAACUGCAUCAGGUGCUAUAUAUGACUAUAGUUCCCUUGGCCCUAAUUUUGGCGGUGGAGCACUGCAGUUGUUGAACCAAAAUGCCGCCGCAGCGGCAACAAGUUCUAACAACAACUACACAUACAAUGUUGCUGACCUGCAUGGAAAUGAUCUAGGCCUUACAGAAUGUGAGGUGUAUCGAGUUGAAGAUAUUAGCAGUUUCCUGGAAUCUCCAUGGAGGAAGAUUACAUGGACAACUGAGGAAAGAGCGAAAAUAAUGGAGGAAAUCAGAUCUUACAAACCUUAUUUAAAUUCAGUGCCACAGAUUCGGAUUUUGGUUCUUGGUCCAAUUGGAGCUGGGAAGUCCAGUUUUUUCAACUCUGUGAAUUCUGUUUUCCGAGGUUAUGUGACAAGCCAAGCCAUAGCAGGAUCUGAUAAUACUAGCGUGACAACACAGUACAGGGCUUACCCAGUUAAAGAUGGAAGGGAUGGCAAGCCUCUGCCUAUUAUCUUCUGUGACACAAUGGGAAUAGAAGAAAAAUCAGGAACAGGUCUGGAAAUUGAUGAAGUGUCCAACAUAAUAAAAGGCCACAUUCCUGAUAGGUACCAGUUUAAUCCAGCUGCCACCCUUCGCCCAGAUUCUCCAGGCUAUGUCAAGACCCCUUCUCUGAAGGAUCAGAUUCAUUGUGUUGCAUUUGUUAUUGAUGGGUGCAAAAUUGAGAUUCUCCCUGAGAAACUGGAAGACAAGCUGAAACAGCUUCGAAGGAAAGUGAACCAGUUUGGAAUCCCACAGCUGGUUUUGCUAACUAAAGUGGAUGAAAUUUGCCCUGGUCUUGAAGAAGACAUCCAGUGUGUGUACAAAAGCAAAGCUGUUGAGAAACAGAUGCGGAUAACUGCAGAGAAACUUGGAAUCCCUCUUGCUCAGAUUGUACCUGUUAAAAACUACUGCUCCGAGUUGGAUCUUUCAUUCGAUGUUGACAUCCUGUUACUUUCCGCCGUGAGGCAGCUUAUACGUUUAGCAGAAAGCUACCUUGACAAUUUCCCUUUUGAGAAGCCAAAAAAAGAGCCCUAACCUGAUGUUUAUUGUGAUGCUGGAUAUUUUAUGUGCUAUCACGAGAGGUCAAAUUUAUUGCUCCAUUGACUUCAGUGGAGUUGCACUUGCUUAUGCCCAUGGUGAAUUUGGCUCAGUGGUUCUAUAUCUUGUUACUGCCUGCGUAAGAUUAAUGGUAUUUUUGCAUGUAUCAAGGGAAGAAUAGAUUCUCCAGCUUUCAAGGUGGGAUUCCUUUAUUAAACAUUCCACAUUCUUACUCUUCUCCAUUUAAAAAUAAAAUUGUAACAGUAGAUUGUAAAACUUUUGUUAGAUUAAUUGGAAAAAUAAAUUACUGUAAUCACUUUUUCAGUCACUUCAUCCAGGUUGGGGACUUCAGUAACUCAGCAAGCGGUUGUGGGCCUGUUGCAGGAGUGGAUGGGUGAGGUUCUGUGGCUUGUGAUGUGCAGGAGGUCAGCCUAGAUGAUCAUGAUAGUCCCUUUUGGCCUUAAAAUCCAUGAGAAGAGGUUAGGCAGAAACACAAGGGACCUACUUUUCUUCUCGCUUACACUGGUUAAAAACUGCAGUAUCUCUGUUGACAUCAGCAAUUACUUCAGAUUUGCACUUGAGUACUUGAGAGCAGAGUUUGGAUUAGAUUUUUGAUGAGAUGUAAUAUCAAAUGCAAUGGUAACAAUACAAAGAGUAGUCAAGGUUCUGACUGUUCCAGAAAGAGUUGGCAUGGCUGGUAUAUGGUUCCCUGCAGGUACAGUUGAGGGGAAGGGCUACUUCCUAUACUAUAAACCAUAAUUAAAAUCGAGCGAUGCAUGUUAUUGGACAAGAAUUUAUUUUCUU